AUGAGGGCUGUUUUGUCCUACCGCCAAGAAGAGUUUCAGUUCAACGUCUUUCCCAAACUCAAAUCUUGCUGCUCAAAUAUAGGUGGUGCUGAAGUGCACAGGGGACCCACUCUACCUCAGAAGCCAUCACCAUCAUCGCAGACACUCUGCAACCUGCCUAACGGUUGGGCUCCCAUGUCAAUAGGUCUGCCCCCCACAGAGAAACCUGUGAGUUGGAGGAGACCUUCUGUGGUUGGGGCUGGACUGCAGAACCUGGGGAACACGUGCUAUGCGAAUGCGGCCCUGCAGGGUCUGACGUACACACCACCCCUCGCCGGCUACAUGCUGUCCCAGGAGCACUCCCGAAGCUGUGGGAGGCAGCCAUUCUGCGUGCUGUGUGCUCUGCAGGCUCACGUGACCCGGGCCCUCUGCCGCCCUGGAGAUGUGAUCCCCCCGCCAGAACUGCUGGCUGCCUUCCACACACACAAGCAGGAAGAUACCCAUGAGUUUCUGAUAUUCACUCUGGAUCCAAUGCAGCAAGCGCGCUUGCGUGAGGACAAGACUUCAGGAGCCCCUCUGUCUGAGGACCUCACCCUCAUCUGGCAAAUCUUUGGAGGGUACUGGAGGUCUCAAAUCCAGUGUCUCCACUGCCCUGGCGUUUCCAGCACUUUUGACCCUUACCUGGAUGGCAGGGCAGCUCAGAGUGUGAGCCAAGCCUUGCUCCAGUUGGUGAAGCCUGAAAAGUUGGAUGGUGAAAAUGCCUAUCAUUGUAGUACUUGCCUAGACAAGGUACCUGCUUCCAAGACGUUAACUUUGUACACUUGCCCCAAGGACCUAAUGCUGGUAUUGAAAUAAUUCUCAGAUUCCACAGGCAGCAAACUGGCUAAGGAAGUGCAAUAUCCUGUGCGCCUUGACCUGCGACAGUGCGUGUCUGAGCAGAAGGCGGGAUUGAUAAUUUACCUGCUCUAUGCCGCGCCGGUGCAUCCGGGGAGGAAAUGUCACAGCGGACAUCACUUCUGUUACAUCAAAGCUGGGAAUGGCCAGUGGUACAAAAUGGAUGACACCAGUGAUGUGACUUCUGCCCUGAGCCAACAUGCCUAUGUCUUCUUUGACACCCAGACGAGUGAAUUGGAAAGAGACCAUGGGAGUGAACCAGGCAGUGGGGAGACCACAUCACUCCAGGGUGACCAUGCAGACAUGGCUGUGGCCCAAGGGGGGUGGGGGGUGGCUCACACAGACCUCAGCAUCAAAGUUCCAGAGGUGGAGGACCACGUGGAAGAGACACCAGUGCAACCAAUCACGUUAGACCAGUGGAGAGUCUUCCAAGAAAGCCACCAUCCCAAGUCUGAAUUCAACCUCAGGAAAACAGAAUUUGUUCUUCCCGCCCAGGCAGUCCUAAUUCACCAGUCCAAAUACAGAGAGGAGAUGGAAAAGGAUCAUCCUGAACAAAACAUCUACCGGCUCAACAACUUAGCCAGGGACAUCCCACCUCAGAGGGCAACCAACAUCGGCAAAGUCCCUUGUCUCACAGGCAGAGCCCGAGCUUCCAAGAGGAAGAACAAGAAGGGACAGAGGUCUUGGGAAGCAGUCCAGGGAUCUGAGUGCAGGCUUUAAUGCACACACCUGCAC